UAUAACCUCAGCUGAAAGCUGAAACCAAGAACUGCAAGGCAAUGCUGCUGCAAUGGCCGCGUUCCAUGCUCUGACUGCCUCCUCGUUCAUGUUCCUGUUGUUCUUCUUCCUCCUCUCCAGCGGGUUUGCGCCGCGAGCCCGGGCACAGCAGCCCUAUGGCUUUGAGAUCGCUGACUGCCCCAACCAGCACAACGCAUCUGGUUUGCUUGGCUACUUCUGCGGCGGCGGCGGCGCGCCAUCAUGCGCGACCUACCUCACCUUCAAUGCCCGCCCGCCCUACGCCGACCUCGCCUCCGUCGCGGCGCUCCUCGGCGCCGACGCCGCGGACCUCGCCGCGGCCAACUCUGUCGGGGAGACGGCAACGCUCGCGCCGGGCACCAAGGUGCUCGUCCCGGCGACCUGCUCCUGCACGGCCACGGCGGAGGGGCGGUUCUACCAGCGAAACGCGACGUACGUAGCGCGCUCCGGCGACACGCUGUUCAUCAUCGCCAACAACACGUUCCAGGGCCUGUCCACGUGCCAGGCGGUCCAGGCGCAGGGCCUCGGCGGUGCGCCAGCGACGAGCCUCCUCGCGGGCCAGGCGCUCGCCGUGCCGCUCCGGUGCGCAUGCCCGAGCGCCGCGCAGGCCGCGGCGGGGGCGAGGUUCCUGGUGAGCUACCUUGUGGAGGAGUUCGACGACCUCAGCGCCGUGGCCGCGCGGUUCGGCGUCGACACCCAGACCGUCGCGGUGGCCAACGAGCUGCAGGCACCGUACACUAUCUACCCUUACACCACCCUGCUCAUCCCCGUCAAGUCCCAGCCUAACAUAUCGCAGCUACAGUCGCCGCCGCCGCCGCCUCCCCCACCGCCGGUGGUAGCGCCUCCUCCGGCCAAGAAGAGUAGUAACCAUGUCGGAGUUUACGUCGGCGUUGGAGUGGCAGUGGCGGUCGUCGCUGUCAUUGCCUCUGCCGGAGCUUUUCUUGCUCUGAGGGCGAGGAGGAGGCGAGCCGGCGCAGUUCUGGCUACGAGCAAACUGGCCAAGAAGGAAGGUAAUGGCAACGACAAGUCAACGUCGUCGGUGGUCACAGGCGGCGAGUUCUCCGUGUCGUUCAGCGACGCGUUCUCCAGCAUUUCCGUGUCGCACAUCAAGUCCUCCCUGAAGGUGUACACCUACGCGGAGCUCAUGACGGCGACCAACGACUUCAGUCCGGACUGCCGCAUCGGCGGGUCGGUAUACCGCGCGGUCUUCAACGGCGACGCCGCCGCCGUCGAGGUGGUCGACCGGGACGUGUCGACGGAGGUGGAGAUCAUGAGGAAGAUCAACCACCUCAACCUGAUCCGUCUCAUCGGCCUCUGCCACCACCGCGGCCAGUGGUACCUCGUCACCGAGUACGCCGAGCACGGCGCGCUCCGGGACCGCCUCCUCGCCGGCGGCACGGGCGCGGCCGCGCCGCUGAGCUGGGCGCAGAGGGUGCAGGUCUCCCUCGACGUCGCCGAGGGGCUCCGGUACCUGCACGAGUACGCGAGCCCGCCGUGCGUGCACAUGGAUGUCAGCAGCGGCAGCGUCCUCCUCGCCGGCGCGGGCCCCCGCGCCAAGCUCCGGAGCUUCGGCGCCGCCAGGGCCAUCACGAACAACAGCAGCGGCGAGGUGCUGUUUACAAUGACAAGCCGCAUCGCCGGGACGCGCGGGUACAUUGCGCCGGAGUACCUGGAACACGGCGUGGUGUCGCCCAAGGCCGACGUGUACUCCCUCGGCGUCGUGCUCCUGGAGCUCGUCACCGGGAAGGACGUCGAGGAGCUGGUGGGCGCCGGCGUGGGCGACCCAUUCGCCGCCUUACGUGAGCUGGCCGAGGAACACGACAACGACGGUGACGCCGUGCUGCAGAGGCUGGAGGAGCUCGUGGACCCAGCGAUGCCGGCGGGGAGCUGCCCCAAGGACGCCGUCAUCAUGAUGGUAAAACUGAUCGAGAGGUGCGUCCGGCGCGACGCGGCGAGCCGGCCGAGCACGGGGGAGGUGGCGCAGCGCCUUCUGAAGCUCUCCGGCGUCUCGGCGGUCAGUUGGCAGAGAUCGCCGGAGUCGCCCCGGAGCUCCGGCAGCGGAAAAGGCCUGAUCUACUAGACUGCCAGUAGCCAUACUUUUUUCGUUUUUGAGCUGGGAAUUGCGAAGCGAAGUGUAAAUCGUGCACGCAUUGAUGUGAGUUAAAGAACUAUAGUUGUUCUUGUGGAAAAGAAAGGGGGACUUGCUAUU